UUGCUGCGUCACGUCUCGUGUGCUGUGCCCGGAUGGAAGCUGCGUCGAAUGUCAGCACCGGCGAGAUCCGACGUGGAGCUGAGAAGUUGGUUCGGAGGCGCGACGGCGAAAGGCCAGGGCUCCCCCGGGAGAGGCGGGGAGGCUGCACUGAUGCACCCUGUACUGAAAGCCUUUGUUUGUGGUUCCAUCAGUGGGACCUGCUCCACCCUGUUAUUCCAGCCUCUAGACUUGCUUAAAACCCGGCUGCAGACCUUGCAACCCUCUGUCAAUGGAUUGGGUCGCGUUGGGAUGGUAACACUACUCUUCAAGGUUGUUCGCACAGAAAGCAUACUGGGGCUAUGGAAGGGUGUCUCUCCUUCCUUUGCAAGAUGCAUUCCAGGUGUGGGAAUUUACUUCAGUACCUUAUAUAUGAUAAAACAACGUCUCCUGCUGGAUCGCCCCCCAACAGCCCUGGAGUCGGUUCUCUUGGGUGGAGCCUCGCGUACGGUAGCCGUUGUGUGCAUGUUGCCAAUCACCGUGGUGAAAACACGCUAUGAGAGUGGAAGGUAUGGUUACGAAAGCGUAUGUGGAGCUCUGAGAAAUAUCUAUCGGUCAGAAGGUGUCCAGGGCUUGUUUAGUGGUCUGACGGCAACACUCCUUCGUGACGCACCCUUCUCUGGUGUCUACCUAAUGUUCUACACGCAGACCAAAAAGAUCGCUCCAUAUGACCAGCUGGAUGCAGCACUUGCACCUUUAGUGAACUUUAGCUGUGGAACUAUUGCUGGUAUUCUGGCAUCACUGGCAACUCAGCCUGCUGAUGUCAUCAAAACCCAUGUACAGCUUUCAUCCGAAAAAUACCUUCGAACAAGCCAGGCGAUUGCUUUGAUCUUCAAGGGUUACGGAAUGGCUGGCUUUUUCCGCGGCACUGUUCCCAGGGCCCUGCGGCGCACACUGAUGGCAGCAAUGGCGUGGACUGUGUAUGAACAGAUGAUGUCUAAAAUGGGCUUGAAAUCUUGAAUGGCGCCUGUGUUGGUGGACAGUCGGCCUAAUGCUGUUCCUUUAUUCAGAGCGAUUGUUUGGUGAGACGAGCGUUUUACGUAGUUGCACAUUGGAGGUGACCCGCACCAUCGCUGGAAAGGCACUACUUGAUUUCUAAAGCAGUGGAUUGAGGACCUUUUGAAAGACAAGAGAGUGGAGAAGAAGUUUGCUCUGGUCAUCAUGGCAUAAGCAUUCCAGGAAGAAUGUCCCAUAACGGGGUAUGAGGAGUACACAAACACUAAUAAUUGUGUGGAGCUGUGUGAUGUGCUGCUAAAGCCCACCAUGUGUGGAGGAACCCUUCUCAGGAACCCUUGUCUGGCCACCUACUGUGAACAGCUUCUGCGGGAUGUAGCAACAACUCCUAAAGACAUGUUGGCGGUUGGGGCUUCUGAACCUGGCAGCCUCAUUACUCUCCUUAACUUCCGUCUGCUCAGGUGUGCACUGCCUCUCCUAUUGGCUGUCAUUUUCAGUGUGUGGUGUUGUUGUACAUCCAACACAGAAUGCACAGGAGAGUCUUACAGAGGAUUAUGGGCAGUUGAUCUCUUUCAGAAGCUUGCCUAAUGCAGUACUUUGUGUGCUAAGUAUUAAAAGAAUGAGUGAACUCCGUGACUGCAAGCAGCGCUAGGCCAUGUGAUCUUGCUGUUCCUUAUGGAAGGCGUCAGCCCACUGUAGGUCAGAGUAACCGGGGGGUCACAGCUCUGAGCAGCUGUAGGCAGCAUAGGCAUUUGGAAGGGGCAUGGGAACUGUAGGCCCAAAUGCUUGGAAGUUGCUCAUUUCUGCUUUGUACGAUAGUGUUAGUGUGCUCAGCAAUGCAGUCUUGGAAGCAUCAUGCAUAAGUCCCUUGCUUCCGCUUGACUGUAUUUCAUUGACUUAAAUGGUCAUCAUUAAACACUCCUAAACUUUUUCGGA